AGAAACAUCCGACGUCAUGAAAGCAUGCGAUGCAGUGAGAAAAACAUACAUAAACUGAGCUUUUUCACUUCCACAAUCAUAAGAAAAGAGAAAACCAUACGCAUCACACAACUCCUCCAACAACACAAAAAUGGCUCCUGCCCAGAACACCAUGACACCCUCCAUCGCUGGCGAUCCAGAGGCGGCCGACAACACAUGGGUCCACGCGUUGCUCUUCGCGAGCUCCCACGUCUUCCCAAUGGUCCUCAACGCGGCCACCCGGCUCGGCGUGUUCGACAUCCUGGCCCGAGCCGGCCCGGGGGCUCGGGUGUCGGCCUCCGAGGUCGCCUCUCAGGUCGCCACGCAGAACUCGGAAGCCGCUCCGAAGCUCGACCGGAUGCUGCGGCUCCUCGCGAGCCACUCACUCCUGAGCUGCGAGGUGCGCGAAAGGGACGACGGGCGGGCCGUCGAGAGGCUGUACGGCCUCACGCCGGCAGCUCGCUUCUUUGUGAAGGAAGGGGAAGAGGGCUCGUUGGCUUCGUUGUUGGAACUUUCCUUCCAUCCGGCGGCGCAGCAAGUUUGGUUGCAAUUGGAUGAUCAUAUACUUGAAGGGGGCAACCAAUUUAAGAAAGUUCAUGGAAUUUCGAUUUUUGAGUUCAUGGAUAUUGAUCCAGCAUUUAACAAUACGUUCAACAAGGCGAUGGCCGCUCUGACGACAAUAGUCAUGAGAAAAAUUCUCGAAAUUUAUCAAGGUUUUGAAGGUUUGACAACAUUAGUCGACGUGGCUGGAGGAACCGGCAAGUGCCUCAAUAUGAUCAUCUCCAAGUACCCUUCUAUCAAGGGCAUCAACUUUGAUUUGCCCCAUGUAAUAGAAAGUGCACCUUCUUAUUCCGGGAUCCAGCAUGUCGGCGGGAGUAUGUUCUCCACCAUUCCAAAGGCAGACGCCAUCAUGAUCAAGGAUACCUUGCAUAAUUGGACCGAUGAGAACUGCAUCAAAAUAUUGAAGAACUGCUACGAGGCAUUGUCGAGUAAAGGUAAAGCGAUAGUGAUAGGUGUGGUGUUGCCGGAGGACCCGGAAACAAGUGCGGCGUCGCUGUACGCCUCGACACUCGAUAACACCAUGUUGAUGCAACCAGGAGGCCAAGAGAGAACGGAGAGGGAAUUCCGGGCCUUGUCCAAAGCUGCCGGUUUCUCCGAGUUGAAAGUCGCUUGUGUCGCUAGUAAUCUUUGGACGGUCAUGGAGUUAUACAAGUGAGAGACUAUCUUUGUGUGUAUCAAAUUUGUUGGGAGUUUGCUUCCAGGAAUAUAUAUAUUUAUAAAAUAUUAUAGGUGAUCUACAUGAAGUUGCCCAAUUUCUUGUUAUUCGAAUGAGUAGCUAGUAAACAUCCUUUGUAUGUACCCGUACAAUCAUUCCGGAUGUAGAAAAGAAUAGGUCGUGCUUUUUCCACUC